UUUGUUGUUUUCACACCAGGGCUAAAAAGUUCAAAACAAGGAUGGCUUCCCUUCGAGCACACAUCUAGACAGUGCCAGUUUUUUCAAGAAGAGUUCCACUAUCUGAACGUAGCUCGAAUUGGAGUAUUUACUUUGCACAACCUGUUUGAUUGCACAUUUAAAUGCUUAAGAAAUGCUUUGUGCCUUUCGAUCAAUGUGGCCGCCUCCAAAGGAGCAAAUGGAAAGCUUUGGUGCGAGUUGCUAUCUUCAGAUAAAUACAGAGACGCUGAGAGCUACAACGAAAAUAUGAGUUCGCAUCAUUUGUCUAUUCAGGUAUAGUAGAACUCUUUCUAAUGCAGUUGCAUUCGAUGAUUUUCAAGAGAUAAGCAUCAUUCAUUACAGUGACUGUUCAAAGCAUCCAACGGUCCAAGCAUUCAAGAUUUGUUUACUAAUUUCAGCUUCCUUGUUCUUCUUCGCCAUGCCAAAACGGAGGAACCUGCACACCGACUUCCGAAUACAAUUCUUACAAAUGUCGAUGUGAACAAGGAUUCGUGGGAGAAUAUUGUGAGAAAGGUAAUUGUAUGUCUUUCUUUCUCUCAGUAAGUAUAUUUAGUGUCAGCUGUGGCUAAAAAUUAACUAUUGCUUGUCAUUGUAAUUGUCUUAGUUAUUAUUUGGUGUACAUGCCCCCGGACCAUCCAUUCCGAUUUUAUGAGAAAGUUCCACAAGUGUCGCCACAAAUUGCAACAAUCAGGUUUAUUAGUGAGUGCUAUAGACAGCUUUUUUUUAAUAAAAAGUGAGACAGGUGAGACUAGGUGUGACAUUUUAAUUACUGAAGUGUGACAUGACGAUCGAUGAGAAAGCCAGCCACCACGUGUAAGAAGUACGUUUCAAGUGUGUGGUCUCUGUAUUCAAAGGCUAUACGCCAGGCCACAAUCUUCUAAGCUUACUAAAUUGAGAAAAAACAAAGACAGAAAGAUUUAAAGCGGCUUGAUUAGGAACAAUAAAUAAUUCUCCCUUUUUUCCUUAAGCCAUACAUUCGUGCAAGGAUCUGCAUGAUUUCUACAGGUUAGUUUCUUUCCUUACAUGUUUUUGUGACUUCAGCCAAAACACUAUCACCAGGCAAAACAUUUUAAAAAACUGCUAUUGUUUCUCCAUAAAAAUGACCUCAUAAUUUCUACUAAAGCACUUCCCCCUUCCCUCCUGUGAACAAAGCUUUGUGUUAGUGAUCAUGACAUAAUCCAGCAUGUGCUCCUCACUCUUGCGUAUGCUCAGCUUGGAAGGCACAUGCAACAACGAAUAUAAACCAUUUUUGUAAGAAAUGUGAGAUAAACACGGUAUCCUUUUUCAUAAAAUCCAUGCUCUCCUUCCCUUGUAGCAGUGUAAUAUAACUAAGCGAGUUGCGAGGCUGUACCAUGAUUGCCAAACGCGAGUGGUCUUUUUGAGUGAAAUCUAGUGAUUAACGCGAGACAUGAAGUCACUUUCUGUCCCAGGUCCCUCUGGAGGAGUUUUAGAGGAAUAGACAAUGCGCAUGAUAGGUCAGGAUCCGGAGUAUUGGGGCGAGAAGAAAUUAAGGCUGACAAUUUAUCAACACACAAAAUAUCUUUGCAGUAGUAACAAAACAAUCCCGUUAACUCUUUUUCAUACUUUGGACUACAUUAACUUAAUACAUUGUAGCGAUUAAAUCAUUUGAUGCGUUAUUGUUAAUGUCAAUAGGUCUGACGUCGGUCAACUGGUCACUCUUCGUUUGGACUCCAAACCAGUCUCUGUUCUCUGUCACUUGGGGAAUUUUGGAUGUGGAAAUGGAGAAUGGACGCCAGUUAUGAAGAUUGACGGCGCAAAGGUGCAAUUUGGUCACAUUUCAGUUUCUUUUCUGCAUAUAAUUGUUAGAGCCGAUUUAAGGCAUUGCCAUAAAUCUUACGGUGUUAUAUAAGUAUUCAGCUUGACGACCAAGAUAUUAACUUCUGACAGACCGAGCGCAAGGGCCCUACAGGGGAAUAUUGGCCCGAGAUCGUGCAAGGUUAUUUAGAAGUUUGUGAUAUGGCACUCGGACAAACUUUUUUUUAUUUUGAAUCUGCCGUCUUUUGCGAACAGCGGUCCGUAUGACAAACUCCCGACGAACUGAUGAACCGAUCAGAACGCUCUGAUUUGCUUCAAGAUUACCUUGCCACAUAAAGAUAAUUUAUAAAGACUUCAAAAAAACUAAUGUAUCUAUCAAAGACAAAAACGGACUAGCAGCUUCCAUUUUUAGUAUAUUUUAAUAAGUUAAAAAAUUACCGCAGGCUUGAAAGUUAAGACAGGCUGGUUUUAAAUGGUUUUAUUUGUCUGACCAUAAUCUAGCAAUACCAGCAUGAUGAUGGUUGCGAAGAUCGUAUGCACAACAAUAGAUAGGAUUAUCAGAGUGAUUAUUAGGAUUCAUCAGAUCUGCAAUUAAUAACUUUGCUUUGAACAAGAAAUUACGUUAAUUGAGUAUUUCUGAUCUAAGGAUUAUUAGGAGAGAAAUGAAGGAAUAAUUAAUUCUUUUUAGACAACCUUUCAUUAUGAUGCGAGUUUUUGGAGUGAUUAUGAAGAAUACAACCUUCCCGGGGGAAAGACUGGAUUUGAUAAACAGGAAACGAAGCUGCCCACCUACUGGAACACGUCCUUUUCCAAGAUCUGUCUCGGUAUGAAAAUCGGACAACAUAUUCAGUUCAUUGUCAUCAACAAGCAGGCUCACUCUCUGUACUCACUGAUCGCUGAUGAGCAUUACCGUUCCACCUCACUAGGUCGUGGCACGUGGAAGAAGCUGAUUGGUUCGCAGGCCUCUUUACAGCACAACUGCAACAAGGAAGGGUUCAAUGUCGCUUGUAAUCAGGAGGAAAAUUCUAGAGCAAGAAUUGGUAUCGUUAGCAACAAUGAGAACGAUUGUCACUCGUGUGACUCAAGGAUUGGAUUUGGCACAAGAGGGAAGCACGACAACUCUAACACGUGUGGUAACGAAGCCAUGUACUCCACAGAUAAUGGAGAUAAACAUAUUAAAGCAAUGGGAUACAUCUUGGUACAAUGA